AUGACAGCGAAUGCGGCAUGUAGCGUUGAGGAUUUCGACACAAUCCUUGCAUGGAAUGGCGCAGAGCACUCUUCUCAUGACGAGUGCCUCCAUUGGCAUUUCGAGAAGCAAGCUACCUCACAACCCAACACCCCAGCCAUCCUAAGUACUCAUCAGGCUUACACCUAUGGGGAGUUGGAGGCUACGACUGCGCGCCUCGCCAAGCACCUCUCUCAAGAGUGUGGCGUAGGGCCAGAAGUCAUUGUGCCAGUUUGCUUUCCCAAGUCGGCCUUCGCCAUCGUUGCCAUGCUCUCAAUUCUUCGAGCCGGAGGUGCUUACACUGCACUCGACCCGGAAUAUCCUGAUACUAGGAUCCAGGAGAUUGUGCAACAGACCCAAGCAACAUUCGCUGUGGUAUCUCCUGAUUUGGUUGACCGUUUCGAGGGAUUAGUGCAAAACGUGGUGCCCAUCUCGCAGGACCACCUCCUUAUUAGUAUCCCUAUUACAGGGUAG